CCUCUUCCCCUGGCAUUUCCUCGCUUUCCCUUUUCUGUUUCGCAGCUUUCUGGCUUGGUUACCCUUGAGAAUUCAUGGAAGAUGUCCGAGAACCUUCUGCUUCUCAGUGCAUUGUGCAUUGAUGCUAAUGUUUACCGUCUGUUCAACUUAAUGCCAGAUUGCAAUGGUUCCUGGGACACUGCACAUGAAGACAAGAAAAGGCUUGGUUUCCGUGGUUUUAGUAGAAGAAUAAGAGCUGGGUUCUCUGAGGUGCUUUCUUCCAUUGGGGAAUUGUCAUAUUUUGUUAUGGAGGAAGAGGAUAAAGUUGAGCCGUUUACAAUAGGAGCUCCCCAACCUGUCCUUGAGGGGUGCUCAGUGAGUGAGGAAUCUCUAGAACCUGAAUGUCAUGGUUCUUUCAAGUCCAGCACAUCAGCAGACCAAGAAAGCCGUGAAUGUUCAGCUGCUGCUCUUCGCUGGCGUGGCUUCAAGAAAUUGCUGAAAAAAGGUUCUUCUGGAAUGUACUUUCCGAACAAACCCCUCCAGAUGAGUGUCCCUAAGCUCACCAGAAGAAAAAGCAAAAGAAUAAGAGAGGAAAUGGUUCCGCUACUAACUUCUCCUUUAGAUGCUGAACUAUUCUGUUUCAGAUCUUCAUGGAAGAGUUUUGCACUUUCAGAGCUUCAAGACGCGACUAAUAACUUCAGCCAAGAAAAUUUUAUUGGAGAAGGAGGUUAUGCUGAAGUUUAUAUGGGGAAAUUGCAACAAGGGCAACAUGUUGCGGUUAAAAGGCUAACCAGAGGUUCUCCAGAGGAGAUGACAAUGGACUUCUUGUCCGAGCUAGGGAUUAUGGUCCAUGUUGACCAUCCCAAUAUUGCUAAAUUGAUUGGCUAUGGAGUUGAAGGAGGGAUGCACCUUGUUCUUCAAUUGUCUCCCCAUGGGAGCCUUGCAUCAUUGCUUUACGGACCAAAGGAACGACUGAAUUGGGAAAUCAGAUUCAAGAUUGCUUCGGGGACUGCUGAGGGCCUUUCCUAUCUUCAUGUUGGGUGUCAAAGGAGAAUUAUCCAUAAAGAUAUCAAGGCUUCUAAUAUAUUACUAACAGAGGACUUUGACGCUCAGAUUUCUGAUUUUGGGCUUGCAAAGUGGUUACCAGAUCAGUGGACUCACCAUACUGUGUCCAAAGUGGAAGGCACAAUUGGAUACCUUCCUCCUGAGUUCUUCAUGCAUGGUAUUGUAGAUGAGAAAACAGAUGUCUAUGCUUAUGGGGUACUAUUAUUAGAACUGAUUUCUGGGAGGCAAGCUUUAGAUAGUUCUCAGCAAAGUCUUGUUAUGUGGGUUUGUUGCUUUUCUCCUCCUCACUUGAAUUAUAAUUGCAAUAUAUCCGUGUUGUAGCUCUCCCCCUGGAUUCAGGUUCAUUUUAUCAAUUUAUUGUAGGCCAAGCCUUUGAUCAACAACAAUUGUAUCAAAGAGCUCGUUGAUCCAACAAUUUGGGAUGAUCAUGACGCAGAUCAGUUAGACUGUCUCAUAACCAUAGCUUCUAUGUGUAUAAAUCCGUCCUCAAUGAAUCGACCAGAAAUGAGUGAGGCAUGUCCUUCCAAAGAAACACCAUGAUAGAUCAUCAUAUACUUUAGGAUGUAAUUAACAACGACGGGGUGGGGCAAAUGAGAAACGUUAUGUUAGACCAUAUCAGGUACCACAAGGAGUUCUGAUUGGCAUUUACACCAUUCUGAUUUUCUCUCUUCCCUUUAUAAUGCAGGUUGUAGGCAUUUUAAAGGGUGAUGCUGACAAUCUGGAGAUGUUAAAAGAAUGGCAAAAGUCUAAACUUCAAAGGACAUACUCAGAGGAACUCUUGGAUGCUGAAGAAUACAACUCAACCAAGUAUUUGAAUGACAUGAAUCGCCAUUUGGAGGAACUUCUACACAGUCAAAAUAUAAAUUUAGCUUCACCAACCCCAACAUGAGUCACGUUUGUCCAUAAACACAAUCCAGGGAGUCAGAGCAGGGUCAACGAGGGAAGGAAGAGUGAAGAAAUUCAUUUUCCUGCUUUAUGUCCUUGAAGAUUUGCGAUGCUGUUCAUGAAGAACCAUUAUCUUUUGAAAGGUCAUGAUGCAUUGUUGUAAAACAGUCUUGAGGAAAUUUUGUCUGAGUUAUAUUGUUAUUUUUUUUGAAAAUAGAUAAUGAGAGUUAUAUUGUUAUUGUUUUUAGGAGAUUGUGAACCUCUCAACAGUUUUAGUGACCCAUUUUUUGUUUUAAUUUAAGGGUGGAUUAUAUGGAAUAGUCAUUUUCUUUCUCUU